UUGGUCGAAGGGCAGCGACUCAAUGGCUCCAAGAUUCAGUUUAAACUACAAAAAGAAUCUACUUAAUUCAUACAGGGUCUAUUUGGGAAUAUAGGACUAAAAGUAGUAUACGUCUUUAUAAAAGAAAAUAUAAAUAGCAUUAUAAAUAUCGGAAUCAGAACCAUUGCCAGCCAAACUACCAGGAGAUCCACACAUAACAAUAUGGAAAUUCCUAAUGAAGAGAAGGGAGAUGAUCAGGUUGUGACCAGUGUGGAGUUGUCAGUUCAGGAGUCUAUGGCAGACGUGCAGACAGAUAGUGGAGAACAUGCCUCUGUAGGGAAGAAACACAUAGAAGAGGUGACUGUUGGCGCAUCUCUUGCUCCAGCUCAUUCUCUUUGGACUGCGGACGCUAAAGGCGCAGUCAGGCUGAGAAUAGAAGAAGGUUGUUCGGAGGAGCCUAUCACGGUUCAUCAAAUGUUCAAAGCCUCAGUUGAAAAAUAUGGAAACAUCUACGCACUCGCCAGCAAGAAGAAGAACAAGUGGGAAAAAAUUACCUUUUUAGAGUAUUAUCAUUUCUGCCGGAGAGCAGCCAAGAGCUUUCUAAAGCUUGGUUUAGAGCGAUUCCAUGGAGUGGCAAUACUAGGAUUCAAUUCAGCAGAAUGGUUCUUCUCUGCAGUCGGUGCCAUCAUGGCAGGAGGGAUAAUGACUGGAAUUUAUGCCACAAACACACCAGAAGCUUGCCAAUAUGUGGCUAGUGACUCCAAAGCCAACAUUAUUGUGGUGGAAAACAAAAAGCAAUUGGAUAAGAUAUUGGAGAUACGUGACAGACUGCCCCAUUUGAAAGCCAUAGUGCAGUACAGUGGACCAAUCCAAGAGAAGAUUUCCAAUCUCUACUCUUGGGAGGAGUUCAUGGAGCUGGGUCUGGAUGUUUCUGAGAAAGAACUGGAUGACAUCAUCAGCAGCCAGAAAGCCAACCAAUGCUGCGUCCUGAUCUACACGUCUGGCACCACAGGCAAGCCGAAAGGUGUCAUGCUCAGUCAUGACAAUAUCACAUGGACUGCCAAUCAUGCCAGCAGGGCAGGGGACAUGCAGCCGGCCGACACUAAACAGGAGUCACUAGUGAGCUACCUUCCUCUCAGUCACAUUGCUGCUCAGAUCUAUGAUCUCUGGACUGGUAUCCAUUGGGGUGAGCUGGUGUACUUUGCACAACCGGAUGCCUUAAAGGGAAGCCUGAUAACAACACUACGAGAAGUUUGUCCUACAUCCCACAUGGGUGUCCCGCGGGUGUGGGAGAAGAUGAUGGAGAAGAUAAAACAGGCAAUUAGCGAGUGUGGUUACGUGAAAAAGAAACUGGUCACCUGGGCAAUGUCAGUCAGCCUGGAGGCCAACCAAAAGUGUAUGCUAAAGGAUGAUGAGAAACCGUUCCUCUUUUCCCUGGCUAACAGCCUUGUGCUGCAGAGGCUUCGGGCUGAGCUGGGCCUCUCUUGUUGUCAGAAGUUCUUCUCUGGAGCAGCACCAAUCGGUAGUGAAACAGUGCAGUUUUUCCUCGGCCUGAACAUCCACUUGUAUGAGGCUUAUGGCAUGAGUGAGAGCACGGGACCUCACUUCAUGUCAGGUCCCAAAGCCUACAAACUACCAAGCUGUGGUAAGGUGGUGCCUGGCUGUCGAUACAAAAUGGCCGACGUAGACUCUGAGGGGACAGGUGAGAUUUGCUUUUGGGGACGUAACAUUUUCAUGGGUUUCCUCAAUAUGGAAGACAAAACGAGAGAAGCUUUGGAUGAAGAUGGAUGGCUGCACUCUGGAGACCUGGGGAAGAUAGAUGAGGAGGGUUUCUUGUACAUCACUGGGAGAAUAAAAGAGUUGAUCAUCACAGCCGGAGGGGAGAAUGUUCCCCCUGUUCCCAUUGAGGAUGCAGUGAAGAAGGAGCUACCCAUCAUCAGCAAUGCCAUGCUGAUAGGGGACAAGAGGAAGUUCUUGUCAAUGCUUUUAACCUUAAAGUCUAGCAGCAAUACAGAGACCAUGGAGCCCACAGAGGAGCUGAGUCUGGAGGCUGUGGAGUAUUGCCGAAACCUAGGCAGCCAAGCAACCAAGGUGUCUGACAUCAUGGGAGGGAAAGACAAAGACGUGUGCCGUGCAAUUCAGGAGGGAAUCGACAGAGUCAACUCUGCAGCCAUCUCUAAUGCUCAACGCAUACAAAAGUGGACUAUCCUGAGAAAGGACUUUUCUGUUUCUGGAGGAGAGCUGGGUCCAACAAUGAAGCUUCGUCGUCCUGUUGUCUUGGAGAUGUACCACAAUGUCAUUGACAGUCUGUAUCAAGAAUAGUGUCACGCUCCUAGAGAGCUUACUCUGUAACUGUUAGUAUGAAAAUUAUUUGUUACUAGCAUCAUUCUUGUGGACAUGCAUGGAAUUUAAUUAUAUCUGUGUCUUCCUGUGUACAUAAAUGCAAAAAAUAACAGAGAAACCAUAUUUAAAGUUUUACAACAUUUAAGAGCAAAACAAGAUUACCUUCUAAGUACUUACAAUACCAAGAAUUGUGCAAAUCUCAAUUGCAUCUUCUUAUACACUGAAAUAUUUGUCUCUCUUAAAAAAUCACACUAGUUACCUGCAGGACAGCUUCUUACAGUGUGUCAUGUAAAAAUUUGGUACUAGUUAGUAUAUAGCCUAUACUAAUUUGUGUAGAAACACUGACUUUACAGCGUUCAUGGACACAACUUUUACUGGAAACCUA